AGUCUUCUAGUAGUCUGGCUGUACAUUCCUCGUCCACUUUGCAGUUCUCCAGAGUUGGCAUCAUGUGUGCCCCGGGCUUCCUGCUCUGCUUCCUCCUCAUACAACUGGCGGCACAGGUGGACUCCAGUGGUACCUGGUGCUACGACUCCCAAGACCCAAAAUGUGGCCCUACUCACUGGAAGGAGCUAGCACCUGCCUGUGGGGGCCCAACCCAGUCCCCUAUCAACAUUGAUCUUCGAUUGGUCCGGCGGGACUACACUCUUAAGCCCUUCAUCUUUCAAGGCUAUGAUUCAGCACCUCAAGAUCCUUGGGUCCUGGAGAAUGACGGCCAUACAGUGCUACUGCGAGUAAAUUCCUGUCAGCAGAACUGCCCAGCCAUCCGAGGGGCUGGGCUCCCAUCACCAGAAUACCGACUACUGCAGCUGCACUUCCACUGGGGCAGCCCAGGGCACAAAGGCUCCGAGCACAGCCUGGAUGAGAAGCAUGGCUCUAUGGAGAUGCACAUGGUCCACAUGAACACAAAGUACCAGAGCAUGGGGGAUGCACGGAGCCAACCAGAUGGGUUUGCUAUACUGGCUGUGCUGUUGGUGGAGGAGGACAAGGACAAUACCAAUUUCUCUGCCAUUGUGUCUGGGCUGAAAAAUUUAUCUUCACCUGGGGUCUCUGUGAAUCUGACGUCCACCUUUGCACUGGCCUCUCUGCUGCCAAGUGCUUUGGGGCUCUUGCGCUACUACCGAUACUCUGGGUCUCUGACCACGCCAGGCUGCGAGCCAGCGGUGCUCUGGACUGUCUUUGAAAAUACCGUACCCAUUGGGCGUGCGCAGGUAGUCCAGUUCCAGGCCGUGCCCCAGAAUGGGCCACCAGGUUUGCACCUCAGACCACUCACGGAUAAUUUCCGCCCCCAGCAGCCUCUUGGAGGGCGCAGGAUAUCAGCCUCUCCCGGAGCAUCUAUCCGAUCGUCAGUCCCUGCCCUGCCCUGUGUGCACCUGGCUCUUUGGGGUUUGGGAGUUGGCUUGAGGCUCUGGCAGGGUCCCUAGGAUCCAGUAAAGACUCCACAAUAGUGCUUCCAUAAUAAAUCACGCACAGUGA